CAAACUUUAUUUUUUUGUGUGGAAUAGCUAUCACUGUCAUCAUUUUUUAACAAGAAAACUUUCGCGAUUUGUGUUAACAAAUAUUUUGUGGGAAUAAACUUUUGUCAUUUGGCUGGGUGAGGAUAUUGCUACUGUGUGUUGGCUCUAUUAAUAUUGAUUUCUGUCUUUUUUGGUUUUUGAAGAUUCCUGAAUGCGUAAUAUAAUAAUGUAAAUAUAUAUUUUGUAUAUAGGUAACAAACAUGUUACAGCUUACAAAAACAACAUUUUCUUACAUGUGUAAGGCAAGGCAAUUGCAUAUUUCAAGAUUAAAAGGGACACUUACUUCAAAACAAAAAGAACUGAUGGCAAAAGGUCUUCCAAAAAGGAAACCUAUACCUGGAGUUAAGAAUGUUAUUUUAGUUGCAUCUGGAAAAGGUGGUGUUGGUAAAUCCACAUCUGCUGUUAAUAUCGCUGCUGCCAUUGCCAGAUGUCAAAAGAAUGUUGGCAUCCUUGAUGCAGAUAUUUAUGGACCUUCCAUUCCAAAAAUGAUGAAUCUCAAUGCAGAGCCAACUUUGAACGACUUGAACCAAAUGAUUCCACUUCAAAAUUAUGGUAUAAAAUGCAUGUCAAUUGGAUUUCUUGUAGAUGAAACCUCUGCCGUUGUGUGGCGUGGUCCCAUGGUGAUGUCAGCUGUGCAGAAACUAAUAAGAGAUGUUGAUUGGUCCCCUCUCGAUUACUUGAUUGUCGACAUGCCACCGGGAACUGGUGAUAUCCAGCUGUCUAUAUCACAGUUGGUACAAGUAACAGGUGCUGUUAUUGUCACGACACCGCAGGAUAUCGCUCUUCUUGACGCCCGACGUGGGGCGGAGAUGUUUCGCAAAGUUGAAAUCCCUGUAUUAGGCUUGGUGCAAAACAUGAGUCAAUUCAUUUGUCCGAAUUGUCAUCACGUCAGUCAUAUUUUUGGACAAGAUGGAGCGAUAAAAUUGAGUGAAGAAUUGAACGUAGAAUUUAUAGGAGAUAUACCGUUAGAUAUCAAUAUACGAGAAACAUCGGACAAGGGCGUGCCAAUUGUUUUCGCCGAUAGUACUUCCAUUCAGAGCCAAUGCUACCAUAAAAUAGCGCGAAGAUUGAUCGAGACAACAAGCUAGGGAAAGAAGAAUGACCAAACCGUGGAGAAAAACCAUAUGGGAUGGGUAACCGAGUCAAUUUGCUCCUGACGCGAGUGUAAGGAAUGUUUGGACAUAAUUCUUUGCUGGCCACACGGCAAAUAUAAAAACUGUUGUAUGAUAAAUAUUUUUUUAUUAAAUGUAUAUAUGAUAUUAAAAAUAAAAUAAAUAGUAGUAAAUAAUAUAA